AUGUUCCAGAAAAUGGCCGGGUUCGGGCCUGACUCUGGCGGGAGAAUGAAGGACGUUGCUUGCUAUUUUGGAAAGGAAAGAAAAGAGGACGGGCAUACCCACCAGUGGACGGUGUAUGUGAAACCAUAUAUAAAUGAGGUAACCCUGUAUCAUUUACUGAAGCUAUUUCCAUCAGAUACCAAUGCAAUGCUAGGGGAACAGAAGGUGGUUUCUGAGUUCUAUGAUGAAAUGAUAUUUCAAGAUCCUACAGCAUUGAUGCAAGAGUUAUUAACAACAUCUUGUCUGCUAACAUUAGGCACCUAUAAGCAUGAAACAGACUUUGCAGAACGUGAAGUGAAAGCCAGAAAAAAAUUAGAAGCGGCCCAAAAAAGGACAAGCCUUGAAAUUGCAGGACUUACGAAGAUAUUAAAAGCAAACAUGGAAACUAUAAAGUGUUUAAAAAAUGAAAUUAGACAACUGGAAGAUGAUCAUCUAAAUGAGAUAUAA